CUCGUUUGUGCCGCGUCUGUCCGCUUUUUACGCACAAAAAAGAUGAGCUCGGAGAAGCCCAACUUCCUGACGCAGCCCGUGGUGAAGAGCAUCUUCAUGUACCGGAACGGAGACCCGUACUACGAGCCCCGCCGGAUCGUGGUGAACGAGAAGAGGGUGAGCAGCUUCGAGACUCUGCUGCACGAGGUGACGGGCGGGAUCCAGGCGCCCUUCGGAGCCGUGAGGAACAUCUACACCCCGAGAGGAGGACACCGGGUGGACCGGUUGGAGAGCCUGCAGAGCGGACAGCAGUACGUCGCUGCGGGGAAGGAGAAGUUCAAGAAGCUGGAUUAUGUACAGAUUGGCUCCAGAAAGAAGAGGAUGAUGCAGACUCUGCCAUUUCAGGCCAAACCACUCCCACAGAAUAGAAUCAGAGUGUCGGCUCGAUUCCUGAAACCAAUCAAGGAGCCAUGCACAAUAUUUGUGGUAGCAAAUGGCGAUAUUUUGAACCCCGCAGUGAGACUGCUCAUACACCAGAGGAUCCUGGGACAGUUUGAGAGAAUACUAGAACUGAUCACUGAGAAGAUGGGUUUGAGAGUCCUGGGAGGCGUGCGAAGCCUCUACACCUAUCACGGCCACCAGGUGGUUGAUGGGAACAAACUGGAGUGCGGUCAGCUUUACGUGGCAGUGGGAAGAGAGAGAUUCAAGAGGCUCCCGUACAGCGACCUUCUCUUCACCAAACCCAGAGGAACAAGGAGAAUCAAAGGGAUGAAAGCCUACUCUUUACCACCCAUCUACAGACUCUCAAAGCAAAAUGAAAACAGCAAGUCAACGGUUCAGUGCAGUGAGGAUGGAAAUGGAGAGUGCAACGCCUCUCCUUCAAAGGACAACAGCAGGAACAAGGAACACCUGUCCUCCAUUGUGAGAGAGAUCUCUCAGUCAAGGAUCCUCAAGAAGUGGAAGAGCGGACAGAGCUUCACUCUCACCUCAUCUGACAAUGACCCAGAAUCAAAGGCCGAUGAUGGAAACACAGAUAGUGAAACACCCCAAGACCAGAAAACUGAAGAGAAACCUGACGACGAUGAUGAUGAUGAUGCAAAAGCCACAAAGGAAAAUGGUGAAAAGGCAGAAGAGAAAGUGGAAUCUGCUUCCAAACAUACCUCAGAAGAAGAAGUGUCAACAAGCAAAGAAGACAGUGAGAAAAAGCUAGAGGAAAAUAGUGAAAAAGAGGGAGACGAGGGAAAGGAAGAUGAUGAGAAAAAUAAUGAAAAAGAAGGAGGAUCAACAGCUGUAAAUGAAGAGGAAGUUAAGGAAGUGAAGGAGGAGGUCAGAGGUGGGAGUAAAAGUGAGGGUGAAGGUGGGGAGCAGGGAUCUGGCAGUGCUAACGCUGAUGAGAUGCUGGACAAUAAAGAGAAAGCAGAUGGAAGCCAGGCAUCCUCUGAGGUUGAGAAGGAGCAAGACAAAAAUAGAAAUGAAAUGGAGCUAGAGGAGAACAGUAGUAACAGUAAGGAAAGCAGUAAUGACCAAGCAAAUGAUGUAGACACCAGUGAAGAACAGGCUGAGGUACAAAAUGGCUCAGAAAAGAUUCAGUCGCAUAAUGAGACAAAAGAAAGUGAAACUGACAGAAGUAGCAGCAGCAACAGUAACCAAGCAGAAGAUAAGAGGAAAUCAAAAGAGGAAAGUUCCAAAGAGUCAAAAGAGUCGGGGGAAGAAGAGACCAAGGUGAAUGGCAAGGUGAGUGAAGACGAUCAGGAGGUGAAAAGUGAAGAACAACCAAAAAAUAAAGAGGAGCCCAAAAAUGAAGAACAGCCAAAAAAUGAAAAGGAGUCGAAAAAUGAACAGGAGAUGAAAAAUAAAGAGGAGGUAAAAAAUGAAGAGAUGAAAAAUAAAGAGGAGGAAAAAAAUGAAGAAGAGGUGAAAAAUGAAGAGCAGCCGAAAAAUGAAGAGGGAAUGAAAAAUAAAGAGAUGAAAAAUGAAGAGCAGCCAAAAAAUGAAGAGGAGUGAAAAAUAAAGAGAUGAAAAAUGAAGAGCAGCCAAAAAA